CUCUAGGUAGAAAUAUCUGUCGAAGAAAAAGUAUGAAGACGAGAGGCAACGAAUCAAUAAUCUGCAUCCUCACAAUCCACAAACAAGAAGCGUUGAACCUAUGGCACUUCUUCGAAAUACCCACUUAUCAGUUCUUCUUGUCUUGCUAUUUUGCUUUUGUUUAGAGUUUGGCUCUUCCACAGACACCAUCACAGCCGCUAAAUUCAUCAGCGACCCUGAAACCAUAAUCUCCAAUGGGGGUUCCUUCCAACUGGGAUUUUUCAGCCCUCCAAAUUCUACCUAUCGCUAUGUUGGGAUAUGGUAUUCUAACAUUUCUGUGACCCCUGUCAUAUGGGUUGCAAACAGAAACCAGCCCCUCAAGAAUUCCUCUGGAAUUCUCGCCAUAUCCAAAGAUGGCAAUCUGGUAGUAUUAGAUGGGCAAAAGAAGGUUCUUUGGUCAUCAAGUUUAACAAAUUCUGUUGUUAAUUCGAGUGCCCAGCUUUUAGAUGAUGGAAACCUUGUCUUGCAAGGAAAUGCUACAGGGACAAUCAUAUGGGAGAGUUUUCAACAUCCUUGUGAUACAGUCCCGUCAAAGAUGGAAAUUAGUACUAAUGUUACAACAGGCAAGAAAGUGCAGCUGACAUCAUGGAAAAGUCCUUCUGAUCCAUCCAUUGGAAACUUCUCUGCCGCUAUUGAUGUUCGUAAUCUUCCUGAAUUUUUGGUUUGGAAAGACAGUAGCCCAUAUUGGCGGAGUGGUCCAUGGAACAGCCGGAUCUUUAUUGGAAUACCGGACAUGCAUUCUUCAUAUCUUAAUGGAUUUAGUCUUAAAGAUGAUAAAGAAGGAACAUUCUCUUUAACUUUUUCCUAUUCGAGCAUACCUUUCCCGACAAAAUUUGUCUUGAAUGCGCAAGGAAAUCUACUGCUAACAUAUUUCGACAAUGGGGAGGAUUGGAAGGUCCAGUGGUCAGCUUGGAAGAGCGAGUGCGAUGUUUAUGGCAAGUGUGGGGCAUUUGGAAGCUGUAAUCCACAGAAUUCACCAAUUUGCAGCUGUUUAUGGGGGUUUGAGCCAAAGAAUACAGAAGAAUGGAACAGAGAAAAUUGGACUAGUGGAUGUGUGAGGAGGAGACCCUUGCAGUGUGAGAGGGUGAACAAUGGCAGUGAAGGGGAAAAAAAAGAUGGAUUUUUGAAACUGACGAUGAUGAAAAUCCCAGACUUGGCAGAUUGGUCAUCUACUUCGGAAGAAAAAUGUAGAACCCAAUGCUUGGAGAAUUGUUCAUGUAUAGCUUACGCAUAUGAUUCUGGCAUUGAUUGUAUGACAUGGACAAGAAGCUUAAUUGACUUACAGAAAUUCGCGAGUGGCGGAGCUGAUGUUUAUGUUCGUUUGGCCGAUUCAGAACUUGAUAAAGAGGGAAAUGUAAAAGUAAUCGUCACAGUCACAGUGAUCACAGGAGUAAUAUUCACUGGCAUCUGUACUUUCAUAUUGUGGUAUUGGAUGGCUAAACAAAAAGCAAGGAAAAGGAAAACGAAGAUGUUUUCGUUCCCGCAUCAAAAGUUUUCUGGUGAAGACAAUCUUGGAGACAACGUGAACCAAGUUAAACUCCAAGAGCUACCAUUAUUCAAUCUUCAGGAGCUGGCAAGUGCAACAAACAACUUCCAUCAAUCAAAUAAGCUUGGGCAGGGUGGAUUUGGUCCCGUAUACAGGGGGAAAAUGUCAGAUGGACAAGAAAUUGCAGUAAAAAGACUUUCAAGAGCCUCUGGACAAGGGCAAGAAGAAUUUAUGAAUGAGGUGGUGGUGAUCUCUAAACUCCAACACCGGAAUCUCGUUAAACUCCUUGGUUGCUGUGUUGACGGGGAAGAAAAGAUGUUGGUCUAUGAAUACAUGCCAAACAAAAGCUUGGACGCAUUUCUUUUUGAUUCAGUCAAACCAAAGCUACUAGAUUGGAGAAGACGAUUCAACAUUAUCGAGGGAAUCAGUCGAGGUCUGCUGUACCUUCAUAGGGAUUCUAGAUUAAGGAUUAUUCAUAGAGAUCUAAAGGCAAGUAACAUCUUGUUGGAUGAAGAGCUAAAUCCAAAAAUAUCAGAUUUUGGCAUGGCUAGGAUUUUUGGGAGCAAUGAAGAUCAAGCCAAUACUAAAAGGGUCGUUGGAACAUACGGCUACAUGUCCCCUGAAUAUGCAAUGGAAGGGCGAUUUUCAGAGAAAUCAGAUGUCUUCAGCUUUGGAGUGUUGUUACUGGAGAUAGUUAGUGGAAGAAGAAACUCUAGCUUUUAUGAUGAUGAGCAGGCCAUGAACAUUCUAGGAUUUGCAUGGAAAAUGUGGAAUGCAGAUGACGUAAUGGCGUUAACAGAUCCAAUGAUACGUGAAGCACACUUUAAAAUGGAAAUUUUGAGAUGCAUACAUGUUGGGCUGCUGUGUGUGCAAGAGUUUGCUAAAGAUAGGCCAACUGUAUCUAUUGUUAUUUCCAUGCUUAAAAGUGAGACUAUUGAUUUGCCUCUUCCAAAGCAACCUGCAUUCAUCGAAAGACAAAUUGCCCCACAUGCUGGCUCCUCUCAACACAACCCAAGUACAGGCUCCCUUAACAAUGUUACUGUUACAAUGGUGGAGGGCCGAUAACUUGCAUGUGUUCUUUGAAAAAACCACUUUGUGCUUAUACAUGUUGAAAGACUUUCAUGGUUAUAUUGCCUCUAGAAGGAGAAGCCUUUCCCUAGGGUCAUUUACUCCUAGAUUUUUGUUACUCCCUUACUCAUGUUGUUACAUAUCUGUGGAGAUAUA